AUGGCCGGGCCACCAAAGAAGCGCCAAAAGCGCGAUGAGAAAGAAGAAGGACAGAUGCCACAGAAGAAAUUUUACCGGCAGCGCGCUCAUGCCAAUCCCUUUUCCGACCACGACCUGACAUAUCCAGAAUGCCCUGCCGCAAUGGACUGGGCGGAGCGCUUUCCAGCAUAUGCGGCGACCACACCAGCAGGCAUACGUCAAGACAAUCUCAUAGCAAAGGAAGACCUGGUGAAAUAUGGUCAUCCCAAAUUGACGCAGCAAGUCGAAUUCGCAGACAUCGGCUGUGGCUACGGCGGCCUCCUCUUCGCACUGGCACCAAAACUACCACAAACCAUGAUCCUCGGCCUCGAGAUCCGCACCUCAGUCACCGAUUUCGUGCAGGAAAAGGCAAAAGCCUUACGCGUCCAACAUGCGUCAGAGGGACUCUAUCAAAACGUCUCCUGCAUCCGAGCAAACACCAUGAAGUUCCUUCCCAACUUCUUCAACAAGGCUCAGCUCUCCAAGAUCUUUCUCUGCUUUCCCGACCCGCAUUUCAAGACUCGGAAGCACAAGGCGCGGAUCGUCAGCACGACGCUCAAUUCCGAGUAUGCUUUCGUGCUCAAGCCUGGUGGGAUGGUCUACACGAUCACGGACGUCGAAGACCUUCACAUGUGGAUGGCAGGGCACUUUGACGCUCAUCCUAGCUUCGAGCGCGUGCUCGAGGCGGAGUUGGCAGACGACGAGUGUGUGGAAGUGAUGCAGACAGAGACGGAAGAAGGCAAGAAAGUAGAACGAAACGGUGGACAGAAGCACGUGGCAGUGUUCAGAAGGCUCGCAGACCCGCCUUGGCCUUGA